AUGGCGGGAAAGCGUAUCGUCUUCACUGGCGGAUCUGGCAAAGCGGGCCGCCAUGUCAUACCGGAGCUGCUCAAGAAGGGCUACCAAGUUCUCAACUUGGACCUUGUGCCCUUGUUGGACCAUCCCAAUGUUAUGACUCUAAAGACAGAUCUCACCGACAACGGCCAGGUCUUCAACGCCCUCACCUCACAUUUCAAUUUCGGCGGCUACGACGAUGGGCCCCCUCCUCAGCCACCAGAUGCUGUGAUUCACUUCGCGGCGUAUGCGCGGAAUAUGCUCGUCCCGGAUAAUGAGUGUUUCAAGGGGAACGUCAUCGCUACAUACAACGUUAUCGAAGCCGCCUGCAAGCUCGGUGUGAAAAAGAUCAUCAUCGCUAGCAGCGAGACGACCUACGGAGUCUGCUUUGCCCAAGGGGAUGUCGACUACCAUUCCUUCCCGUUGGAAGAAGACUACGAUACCGAUCCUAUGGAUACGUACGCGCUUUCCAAACUAUGCGGAGAGCGAUGUGCGAGAGGUUUCGCCCGGAGAUUUGGCGCCGACAUCUACGCCUUGCGAAUCGGUAACGUGAUCGAGCCGCAUGAGUACGAGCGCGACUUCCCAAAUUAUGUCAAAAAUCCAAGCUGCAGGAAGCGGAAUGCGUGGUCGUAUAUCGAUGCCCGAGACUUGGGUCAGAUAUGCGAUCUUUGCGUGAAGAAAGAUGGGCUCGGCUUUCAAGUUUUCAAUGCGACAAAUAACACAAUCACUACCACAGUGCCGACGGAGGAGUUCUUGAAGAAAGCAUGUCCGAACACGCCGAUCACGAGAGAGAUGGGUGAAUGGGAAGCGCCAUUGAGCAAUAGGAAAAUUCGAGAAGUGCUCGGGUUUCAGGAGGAGCACAAUUGGAGAAAAUAUUACCAGCCAUAG